AUGGAGCGCAACUCUGUCGACUUGCGAUCAGAUGGCACUGGUCCUUACAAUGACCAGAGCAAUCCUCAACUCAACAACAGGGACACCAUGGCAACUGUGCGAGAUCCUGAUCGACCUCAGAUCCACCAUCCUUCUGACCUUGAGGGUGCAAUUCGGCUCGUUGAAAACACCCUUAUUAGACAGAAACAGGAUCGAGUAGCACUAUGUGCGCAUAUUGCGUCCACCCAAACUACUAAUUCGACUGUUGCGUCCACAUCAACAAUAACCACGAUUGCAACUCUCUCCGUGCUUAAUGCGGCUCAGACGAUGCCUGGAGAAAUCCCAAAGUCAGCUGCAGUGGGACCGGCUUCAAGCCCUAGAGCCCAUCCAAACCAUGCUAUGCAACGUCGUCCAAUCCGUCAUCGAGAGUUCAGAAGCUCGCACAUGCUUCUUCAAUUCCGCGGUCAAGCCCGCCGUGACGAAUCCCAGCUUCCACUGGGACCAAUUAUCUUGGGAAUAUCUACUCCAAUGGAUUUCUUUCUCAAGUCAACGGACUUCCAAUUGGAGGGAACAGUCCGCGCUCUAGACGUGAAGGCUCCAACGGGAGGGUAUACUACAUUCGCCUUCUCACUCUCUUUUAAUACUCCAGAGGCGGCUUUGGCAUUCUGGAACAGAGCCAAUAAUGGCAAUGUUCUUCUAAUUGGGGGCAAUGUGGUACGGGUCGCUGCAGAUCGAGUCGGUGUUCGUCGCCUCGAUACUAUUGAAACCAGAGUCCUGAUCAUCGAUGGUCCUAGCUAUCUCGUCAAUUGGCCAUACCUCAAGGCGCAAUUCGACGAUGCGUGCUAUUACAAUUUAGAUCGAUGGUUCAUGUCUCAGAGCCCCACACCGGGUAUGGUUCGAAUGGAGGUUCGCUUCGCUCGUGUCGUUGGACAGGCACAGAGUUGCAAGCAGAAGUGUGACUGGAAUCCUGCUCAUCGAAAUGUGUUGUACACAUAA